AUGGGAAAUCAAGCGAGUUAUUGCUGCUUUUCUUCAAGGCAAGCCUUAAAAUCUCCUGAAAAUCAAAAUUUAAACAAACCAUCAAAUGAAGCCUUGAAGAUUCUAAAAACAGCGAAAAUUACAGAAAAUCAAAAAAUCUCAAAAUCAAAUCAAAGCUCACCUAGAAAAAAACCCAAAAAACAAAAGCUAAAUGAUUCAUCUAAUUGAGAAGAAAAACCAAUUUUAGCUUCCAAAAGUGAAAUUAUUGAAAAAACAAAACUGAAAGAUCGAAAAGAGAUAUUUCAUGACAGUAAUAAAGACAUCAAAGGCCCAUAUCACAGUCCUCAGUUCUCUAUAAACGAUAAAUCGUUUUCUAAAAAAUUUCCUAAAACAAUUGGUAAUGCUUCUCCUAUUGCAAACUUAGCAUCAAAAAGUUUAAUAGUCAUUCCAGAAGAGAAAAAUGAAUCCGAAUCUAUGCAUGAUACUCUUCAUGAGCAAAAAUCAGCAGUAUCUAUUAAUGAAAGCAACAUCCAAGGACUUCCAACCCAGCAAAUAUCAAACAAUUCAAUAAUUUUUAGUAAAGAAGAUGCUUUAAGAGACAAAAAAUCAGAAAAUCUCAUAUUGGUUGAGGCUCCAAAAUAUCAAAUUGACGAUGUUUUGCAGUUAGACCAAAAGCUGCAACGUGAGAUUUCUUGGCUGUUUUUACAAUUUAAAACAAAAGAUGAAGUUUUAGAGGAAGAAGUCGAUGGCUAUUUACCUAUAAAAAAGGAAAAUCGAUAUGGAAUAAAGCAAAAACGAUGACUUUUAUUUUCAACAGAAGCAUUAUACAUAGUAACUCCUAAUAACUUCAAAUCUCUCAGACGUAGGAUUCUUUUAUCGACAAUUGAUAAAAUAUACCAGCAAUCAGGCAAUCAGAGUUUUGCACUUCAUAUAAAAGAAGAGGAAGGCAGCGAAUGCCUGAGAAUCUUGACACCGAGAACUCUUGAUGCAAUUAAUGCAAUUAAGACACUUUAUUAUUUAAAAACUGAAGAAUUUCUUGAAAUUAAGCUUGUAAAUAGCGAAAAGGAGAUGCUUGAAAUUACCAAAAAAGAAGACUCUGAAGGCCAAGAAAUGAAAAACAAUUUGAUUUUUGGAAAAAUUAAAGCAGUGCAUGGGAUCCCAGGGGAACAAAUGGUGAACUUAAGAAAAGUUUAUGAAGUAAUUAAGCCUGGCUCAAAGCAGAUGAUAAUUUUGAUAACUGCAAGUAAGACCAUUUAUAUUGCCAACCCGAAAGGAAUAUUAUACAAUUAUGUAACUUUAAGCCAAAUAAAAGAAAUUCACACUUUAGCUAAUUUGUCAGAGUUUCUGCUGAAAACUGAUGAAGGGGAUAUUUGGAUACAAGACAAUGAAACGCCGUUUAUUGUCAGGGAAAUCAGUGAUGUUAUUGAGCACGAGAUGGGGUAUGGGAUUCUUGUUAAGCAGAUUGAGCAUGAUGAAAUCGCAUUUAAACGAAUUCCUAAGAUUUCAAAAGGCAAGCAGAGGCCAGACUUGGAAAUUAUUGAAGGAUCAGAAAGUGGAGUACGAGGUAGAGACAGAAGAGGAGGGGGUGCAAUGAUUGACUAUACAGAUCUUUUUAACUUUUAA